AUGAGCAAUAAUAAUAUUAAUGAGGCCGGAUUCGUGGCCGUGAUAUGGGUCUGCCUGGUCCUCGGCUCCUGUUUUGUGGUCACAAGAUUGAUUCUCCAGUAUCGAGUCGACCGUCGAUGGCGCACUGACGAUUUUCUGGUGCUGGCUGCUUGGAUUCUGUACCUUGCUAAUGGCAUUCUAUGGACUGUCAUUUACAAACAACUAUACUAUAUAAUGGCUGUGAGCAAAGGCACGAUCAGUCUCGCCGAUCUUCCGUUAAACAUCGAGUGGAUCGAGAGGCGAUAUCUUCGAGGGCAGCUAGCUGGGUAUCUGAUCUCUUAUACGAGUCUGUGGCUCAUCAAACUCUCGUUUGUGUUCUUUUUCCAACACUUGGGGAAUCGCUAUCGCCUCCAACGAAUCCUUUGGUGGGCUGUUUUGGCGUUCGUCAUUGCAUCCUAUGGGGUGACGCUGGUGAAUUGCUCGAGUGCGCAUUCCAUCUGGUACGAGCGUGUGAGCUUGAAGGUAGCUACAUCUAUGGACAUUGUUUCUGAUGCUGCUAUCAUUCUUCUCUCUGGUAAUGUCAUGUGGAGGGCGAAGGUAAAUCGACCGAAGAAGCUAGGCCUGGUCGCAGUGAGCUUCUUGACCGCAUUCAUCAUCGUGAUCUCGUUGAUACGGCUAUUUCUCAGCGUUGGAGAAACGGGCAUCAUGAAUCCUGCUUGGCUCGUUUUCUGGAAUGUGGUAGAGGUCUUAGUUGCACUCGCGGCCGUUUCCGGGUUAUCCUUCUUCACUUUUUAUACAAAGCUGAAAAAGCCGCGCAGUACUCGCGAAUACGAAAGUUUCGAUUCUUCAAAGCGAUGGUUUUUCCAUUCGAGGGCAAAUUACUCUAAUGGAAGUCAGCGUGAAAACGGCAGCGUUAAUCAAGAGAGCUAUCAGAAAAAUGAUAGCGGGGUGGAUAUGCCAGUUCAGAGUCAGACUCCGAAUCAUACCGCCUUCGAACUAUAUAAGGUUGAAACCCACGACCUGAAUAUUCAGCUAUAG